AUGGAAGGAGAAACGCAACCUGCUGACGAGGGUCUCUGCGCCCCAAAUAUGUGCGGUCAGCAGCGGGGUCCAUACAGCAACCUCAAAACCUUCCCUAACAGGCGGUUGGCGGGGAAGGCGCGGUUCCACAGACCCACAAUGGUCGAUAUCCCGCUGCUGGGAGACGGAGGCGGACAGAACUACACUCAUCUCAGUCACCAUCAUCCGUUUCAGCAGCAGCAUCAGCAACAGCGGCAGCAGCUCCACCAAACCACCCACACCAUCAGCCAGCGUAACCCGACAUCCCAGCUGCAGCAUAACUUCCCAUGCGAUAACAGGCCCAGCAGCAGAGUCGCGACAUCUACCUCGACCACAGUGGGGAGUGUGGCCCCAGCAUCACUUUGCCUUCAGCAGACGGUCAGCCUUGGCACCACGGUGCACCGGGACCCCAACUAUACAGGCCCAGCAGCAGAGUCGCGAGCAGAGGGACGAGCGGCGCUCAAACAUGAAUCACCUGAUUGCGUUUACAGGAUAAGCUCAGAAAACCGUCUCAUCUUGAAUGCUUUCGCACAGGAUUGUAGCCGUGUGCUCACUCUCCUCAACGUUGGCCGGUUCGUGGAGCCCCAAGAUCCUCUGCCCUCCUCCGUUACCUCCCACAUCAAGCAGGAGGAAAGCUGCCUCUCUGGGCCUGGGGGGGAGUCAAAGCCAGACGCGGGUCAAGUGGGUCACUGCCCCACCCUGGGCAAGCCACAGCCCAAGGAGAGCUCCACCGUCGAUCCUGAUGAGGAAGCCCAGCGAGGUCACUGGAGCCAAAAACAAACAUACGCAUUCCUGCACAUCUUCACAAAGUCCCUCCAGAGCUACCUGUUCACCGGGCCCCAGCAGCCCCACCCGGACCUGGGCCUCGAGGGAGAGCGAGGCCCAUCGGCCAAGUCUAGGGUGUCACCCAGCAAUAACCUUGGGGGCUGGAGCUCCCCAGCCCCUUCGGAGUCCUAUGGCCACCCCUCGUCCACCCUGACGGAGGAGAAAGAGGAGGAAGAGGAGAGCUGCUGCCCUCGCUGUGUGGAGCUGGAGCAGGAGAUGCUGUGUCUGCAGAAGGAGAAUGAAGAGCUGCGCAACAAGCUGGACAACAUACCAGCUCCCUGCCAGAAUGUGCUGGACUUCUUCAAGACUGUUCUCCAGCACCAUAACCCGUUUAUACAGCCCAUGUCACAGGAGCAACAAACAGAGGGCAGUAAACAGCUCCUGGGGAACUACCCCCUCUUCAUCACCAACAAGCAGUGGGACGAGGCUGUCAACUUGUCCAAGAAGGACGGCCGACGGCUGCUGCGCUACCUGAUCCGCUUUGUCUUCACCACGGAUGAGCUCAAGUACUCGUGCGGCUUGGGCAAAAGGAAGCGCUCGGUUCACUCAGGAGAGCCUGGGCCGGAGAGACAGCCCCUCAACCCCGUCAAAGUCACCUGCCUCAGAGAGUUUAUCCGAAUGCACGGUGCCUCCAACCCUGACUGGUGGUUGCCUUCCGAGGAGCAGAUCAACAAAGUAUUCAGUGACGCGGUGGGUCAUGCGCGCCAGGGUCGGUCCGUGGGGGAAUGUGAGAGAAAUUACAAGAUUAUGUUAUAAUACUUUUAUUGAAUCAAA